UGGGUGACGUGCAGCUGGUAUCCAGGGACUGUAAUCUUAUCCAAGGUCGGAUUGGUUGACCUGUUAUUCAUUCAUUGGUUUGCAGACGAUCAUUGAAGAUAUCCUGUUUAUUACAUGCGCGGUCGCAUGGUAUGUCGAGACCCGUAAACAGCUGUUUUCUCUCCAAUGUUUCUUAGACGUUUGAUCCAGAAGUUGUAAUAAAAAGCACAGGAGACACCGAGUUUUGGCAACCCUGACUCCUGAUUCAGAAGCAAGAACAGAAAUACCUCUACUCUAGCGCUAUAGCAAACUGCAAAGAAACAGUCGGUCGCUGACCUACGGUCAACAGUUUCAUGUUGUAUUUGUAUUCUGCUGCAGCCGAAUUGCACCACUGACUGCUUGCUCGAGAAAGGAAUAUGCAAGACACGGGUGCCUACUUACUUUGAAGUUAUACACAUACAGUAUCCAUUAGGUUAUUUUUACCAUGGCGAGUCUGGCUUUAUUUCUUCGUGGUACUGUAUAAACAUUCAAACCACAACUUGAACUUGCGUCUGAUUCUUGCUCCUCGCUUCCUUUGGAAAGACGACUGUAGCUGCAAUGAAUUCCCUGUCGCAGAGCUACAGCAGAAUGGAGCAUUACUAUAACUCUUCAGGGCAAGCUCCAGUCUAUACAACCCUGCUAGACACUCCUCCGGGAGGCGCUUCCAACCGCUCGUACAUGGUCAGCGCAUCAGCGCUUGGACGACUCAAUGGGAUGAUGGCGUGUCUAUCCGGGGAUAAGGCAAGCGUCAAUGAGGCGCCGAGUUCGGCCGGUGCUUCCCCCUCCUCCAACCCAGGCUGUGGUGACGACGAUGCCGAUAGUACAUGUUUGUCCCAUCCGGACUGCCAGCACUUUCUACAGAGGCCGUCUGGAUUUGCAGUGGCCCAGCACACGAUUGACGGUAUUCUGGGAAAAGGGACGAGACAAGAGACAUAUCUUCGGACAAAACCCGGAACACAAAGGGUGCCACAGCGCUGUCAAGAUAUGCUAGAUCUGCCUGAGAAAAGUCCAGGGUCUAAUGGGUCCAUCAAAGAAUCCGUUUCGCCAAACAGUAGCGAUUAUGAGCGGCGAGCGGACUACCGAGCCGACAUCGAGCGAAUGACCCCCACAGCACCGAUGCAGCGCAGCCCCGGUCUUCUCACAACAGCGGCCAAACCGAAACUCAUCAAGUCCGAGAAAAUGCCUCCUGCGGCAGCGGGAGCCGACAAGGACACCUUUGCCAAGUCAGAGAAAGGACAAAUCGAGAAUGUUAAGGAUAACCAUGGCAAUGACUCCGACUCAGGCUCGUCCAACAAGUUGGGAUCAAACGGGGACGCAGAAGAGGACGGUGCCACCAAGAGGAAGAAGCGUCGCAACAGGACCACCUUCACCAGCUAUCAGUUAGAAGAGAUGGAGAAAGUCUUCCAGAAGACUCACUACCCAGACGUCUACUGCCGGGAACAGCUAGCACUCCGAUGCGACUUGACAGAGGCAAGAGUCCAGGUAUGGUUUCAGAACAGACGCGCCAAAUGGCGGAAACGGGAGCGAUUCGGCCAGUUCACCAACAUGCGAGCCAUAGCGACAGGAACUAACUAUGAAAUGCCGAUGGCCCCACGCAACGACAGCUACCCACACCAGGUAACGAACUCGUCUUCGUGGUCACCCAAUAAUCUUGGCCCCCCACUGUCUCCGAGUCAGCAUUCACCGCCGUCGAUGGCGGCGCCCUUGCAGAAUAGCAAUGGUUAUUCCCCGCACGCACACCAGAACCCUUCUAGCGGUCACCAGCUCAUGAACGGACUGACUUCCUGCAUGGCGCCCCAGGGUAUGCUGCCCAGCUACAUGGGUAUGUCCAACUCCAGCCUACCCCAGUACGGGCAAAUGCCGCCCUCAACGUCCAUGCCCUCGCCUACCACCUCCCAGUCGCAUCUCGGGAAUGGUAUGAUGGCGCCAUCCACCGGUACAUUAAUGACGACAGGCGUGGCACCUCUACCCCAAGGUCUUGGGGAGGUUGAAACUGAGCGGCGGAGCAGCAGUAUUGCGGCCUUGAGGCUGAAAGCCAAGGAACACAGCGUUGCCAUGUCCAUGGUUGGAGCUUACUCGUAGAGAACAUGUGCCUACAUGUACUUGUGUAGCAGACUUCAGAGCUUGUGGAACUUACCGACCACGGCUUGUUUGCUUGUUGAAGUUUAAACAGGCGAAACCUUAGCCCUAACUAGUUUGCGAAUGCAUGAGCUAUGCAUCAAGCAUUCGAGGAAUUAUGCAUCAACAUAUCAUCAUGCACAAUUUGUGUAAUCUCUAAUGUCAUCAGAACCAACAACCGCUUGUAUUCAAGCAUCUCAACGGCUCUCUGUUAAGUCUUAAACAGGUAGACUCCCAAAAGAACCUUUCCGUUGUGUGUGUAAAAUCUGUAAUCAACACAUUUCUGGACACCUUUGAGAUUUCUUGUCUGGAAGUGUGUCACUCAUAAGUGAAAUUUUGCCUUUCGUCUGACAUGUGAUAACUUUGUUUUGCAUAACGCGCGUGAUUAUGGGCUUGCUGAAGAAUUGCCACAGCUGCUUUCUUGCUGAGCCAGAAAACGAAAGCAGCGUUGACUUUGAGAAGGGAGGUGCAUUGGACAUUGUUUAGUUAGGGGAUAUUCUGUAGAGUAGAUGUUAUUAGAAAUCAUUUGGAAGAACUCAGGGUAAGUAUUAUGAUCAUGCAGAGCGGUAUAUAUUAAUGCGUAACAUUCGACUGCAAUUUGACAUCGUUAUGAGCGACAGUAGAUUCAACUUUGGGUCAUGACAUUGUUGAUACUUCAAGAAAAUGCCUUUGUAAUCGUUUGCAGACAGGUAGUAAUGCAAUAACUAACCAUCAUCUUCGUUUUCCGGUGCCUUUCAUAACCAAGUGUCAUACAAAGAUCACUUAGUAUAUUAGACCUGCUGUAUCCUGCGAUGAUUUUCGAACAUUCUGUAUCUACAUGUAUUUUCUCGCCUCUUGUUUGAAAUACCGCCCUCUCUGUAUCUAAAUUCAACUCUUCGGUGAUAUGUAUUCUCUGAAAUAAAUAACAUUAUUUUUGACUUUAGUAGUUGAAAGAACUGUUUAGAGACUUUUCAUUCACCAAGUUGUUCAAUAAAAGAAGAAGAAAACUGCUUAAAGUAAUUUUUAACAGAUUCGACGAAAAUUUAAGACGAAGGUUGAUCAGUAAAAUCAACAACAGAGGGUGCUAGACAUACCCUUUGUCAGAGUUGACUGCCUACUGCUAAAUUCGUGAUAGAAACGUUCCAAACUUGCCAGAACAACGCUUCCUGAGUUUAGUGUUGUAGAUUCAUGAUGUUUUGAACUCAAAAUUUUGAAGCAAUAUCCUCAACGCUUUGGUAUUCUUUAUUAAAGUAGAUUUGAUUUAUACUAUUAUUUGCAUAUUCAUGUGCAAGCACUAUUACAUUUUAAUGUCAAGUAUUCUCGAUGACUACACAUGUGUAGCAUCUGCACGCGUUAUUCUCUUCCAUACGGUGGUGAUUGACGAAG